AACCCUGCUGGAGGGGGCGGCGAGCGCACCGCGCUACCGGCUGCUGCUCCCGCCGCUCCCGCUAUCCCGCCGCUCCUCUCUGCGGCUACUGCGCGCCUCGCCCCGGGCGGCCCAGCGCGCUCCACCGACGCCGAGAUGAAGGUGCUGGGACACAGGCUCCAACUGCUGACAGGGCUUCUGCUCCACGACGUGACCAUGACGGGGCUGCAGGAGCUGCGAUUUCCCGAGGAGAAGCCCCUGCUCCGGGGCCAGGAUGCCACCGAGAUGGAUAACCCUGAUGCCUUCCUCUCAGUUGUGGACACAGACUGGAAGGAGCAUGACAUCGAGACGCCUUACGGCCUUCUGCAUGUGGUGAUCCGGGGCUCUCCCAAAGGGAACCGCCCAGCCAUCCUCACCUACCACGAUGUGGGUCUCAAUCACAAGCUGUGCUUCAACACCUUCUUCAACUUUGAGGACAUGCAGGAGAUCACCAAACACUUUGUGGUGUGCCAUGUGGAUGCCCCUGGGCAGCAGGUGGGAGCGUCACAGUUCCCUCAGGGGUACCAGUUCCCCUCCAUGGAGCAGCUGGCCGCCAUGCUCCCGAGUGUGGUACAGCACUUUGGGUUCAAGUACGUGAUUGGCAUUGGAGUGGGAGCCGGAGCCUAUGUGCUGGCCAAGUUUGCACUCAUCUUCCCUGACCUGGUGGAGGGGCUGGUGUUGAUGAACAUUGACCCCAACGGCAAAGGCUGGAUUGACUGGGCUGCCACCAAGCUCUCUGGCUUGACCAGCACUUUACCAGACACUGUACUCUCCCAUCUCUUCAGCCAGGAGGAGCUGGUGAGCAACACCGAGCUGGUGCAGAGCUACCGGCAGCAGAUCUCAAACGUGGUGAACCAGGCCAACCUGCAGCUCUUCUGGAACAUGUACAACAGCCGCAGAGACCUUGAUAUUAACCGACCUGGGACGGUGCCCAAUGCCAAGACCCUCCGCUGCCCAGUGAUGCUGGUAGUCGGAGAUAAUGCACCUGCUGAGGACGGGGUGGUUGAGUGUAACUCCAAACUGGACCCAACCACCACGACCUUCCUGAAGAUGGCAGAUUCUGGCGGUCUUCCUCAGGUGACACAGCCAGGGAAGCUGACUGAGGCCUUCAAGUACUUCCUGCAAGGCAUGGGCUACAUUGCACACUUGAAGGACCGAAGGCUGAGUGGAGGAGCAGUGCCCUCAGCCAGCAUGACCCGCCUCGCACGCUCACGUACCGCAUCUCUCACCAGCGCCAGUUCCGUGGAUGGCAGCCGCCCUCAGCCCUGCGCCCACUCAGACAGCAGUGAGGGGAUGGGCCAGGUCAACCACACCAUGGAGGUGUCCUGCUGAAGCCCUCGUCCUGCCCAUGAUGCCCGCUUACCUGCCCCCAGGUCCCACUGCCAUCUCUGCACCGGCUCAUCUUCCCUUUAGUUUUAUUUUUGUGAGAGUGAAGGGGAGGAAAUGGGGUUACUUUUAUUUAAAAAGAAAUGAGGGGAUCCACCUUGGGACAGCACAGCACAACAGUCUUAGAUGGUGUGAGGGGCUCGCCUUACACACUCCUGUCUCACUCAGUGUGGCCCCUCCCCUCUGCCCAGCUGGGGCAUGGCCAGGAUAGUCGAUACAGUACUGAAGAAAGUCCAGCCCAACCCCUGGAUCUGGCAGAUGUGGGGUUUGAAGAUGGUGGGUAGUGAGCCAAGGCUCUGAUGUGAGUGGGAGUCAGACCAAUGGGCAGCCUUGGACCUUAAGAGUGUCCCUUUCCUGUAACCCUUGCAUCAAGCACACCUAUUCUAAUAGUAGAGGUGACAGUCAUGAGGAUGGUAGCCACAAGAGGGCGCUCUAGACAGACAGCCAUUUUCCUGGUGCUCUCUGGGCAGGACAGGUGGUGUAAGGCCAGUCAGACUGAAGAAUAUGGAGGACCCUCACAUGGGGGCAGGAACCCCCAUACCCUGCCACCACAGGGCCUUGUUCCACCCUGAGGCAAAGGUCACCUGGUCUCUUGUCCCUGUUGGCAGAGGUUAAAAUGUUGAUUGCUGUGGAUGCUGGUUGUAGCCCCUGAGAACUUCAUGAUUACCCAUCCCUUUGGAAGCUGGCAGGUACUGUAGGUCCCUCUUGUCCCAGAUUUCACCAAGUGUUUGUCACAGUGCCCUGGUCAACUUGGGCCAGUGUGUCACAGACAAUACUUGAGAAGUGAGCUUGUUAGAAAGACACAAGAUGGGAAGAUACAAUGACCUCUGCUUGCUGGAGGGGCUGGAGAUUGCCUGGUCCUUGGGUGGGAAAUGGGCCGUCCUCCAACAAAGGUUCCAUGCCUCCUACAGCCCACAACUAUGCCUGCCAUCUCACCAAGUAGGCGCUCACAGCCUGGCCAUUGGUUUCAUCUGCUCUCAUCCCCAGAGAGGAGAGAAAGCACUAAGUGUGUAUCUGGGGAGUGGGGAUGAUGUAUGUGGUAUUAUAUGGGUGUUCUGAGGACACCCACAUCCAUUUAUCUGUGGCACGUGCCGCCCCUUUCUGUAACUGUAAGCCAUUUCUAGACUGCUCUGGAGUCCAGUGGAGCGUUUCCUAUCCCCGGUCCAGUUUACUCACGUGCUUCCGUGAAUACUGAAUGUGACUGUUUAAAGGUGGUAGAACUAAUCCCUUACUGUAGAUAGCACUCCAAGUAUUGGACAUCUUUUUGCUGUGUUCUUAAGAUAUCUAUAAAUACCUAUACAUUAUAUAUAUAUAUGUAUGUAUAUCAGGUUCUCCUUCCUGUAUGUGGUUUCCCAUUGGUAGUUGUCUUCUCUUUGGUCAAGAUGAACUUUUAAUGGAGUUCAUUAUUUUCCUCUCUGUACAAAGUUAAGAGCCUAAUUUUGUGUAUUCUGUUUGGUGGCUGAUAAAAGAGACUUUGAGAUUACAAAAUGCAAAACAAAAAUCCUUGAUAUAGAAAGUUAACUGUGCAGAAAUACUAAUAAAGAAAUUAAGUCUA